UUACUGGCACUUCACAGAACGGACGUGAUCGGGUUCGAAUGAACGCAGCGCGACUGGGUUUCAGGGAAGGGGGAGGGCAGUGGAGUGAGUGAACCGAUCAGGAAUCCGGAGCUUGGAUGAGGCCGGCGCUAUUAGAACCCAGGGCUCGCUCCACUGUACGCUUACUGUCUCCCUUCCUAUUAGGAGCCCGAGGUCCAAUGGCACACAAGCCGACUAGCCGGAGCGCAGGCUCGGAUCGGAGCCGGACCACGCCAGGGCGGGCUGCUGCAGUGGCCCAGCUGCUGCACCACGAGUGCUCCGUCUUACUGGAACUUUAUAGAAAGAAGGAGAGUUUUACCAAAGACCUGACAGUGGCCGACGGUCACCUGGUUUCCGUCCCUCCCCAGUCCUCCCAGCUGGAUGACAGGGACAAGCUCUGGCGCCUCCACUCGGCGCUGCUGCAGUGUCGCAGUUUGCUGGAGAGGGCCGCAGCCAGGGAGGAAGAGGAGUUCGGUAGUGGGAAGAAGGGCGAGUAUGAGACCCAGAGGAACACGGUUAAGGACCGACUCUCGUAUCUCAUAGAUAGCACUGGAGAACUCCUCAGAGCUGCAGAUGGCAAAACAGUCUCUACUCCUGACUUGGGUGUGGAGGUAAAAAGUCUGUUUGAACUCAAGCUUUGGGUUUACCGGGUCUUCCACGAGGUGGAGUACUGGGCCAAGACGGCCAGCACCACCCUGCAGGAGCUGUCUGUGUCUGCAACAGAAGCAAAGCCACGGGCAAGGAUCCCGCGAACCAGGAGCGCUAGAAGCGCUCGGAGGUGAAGUGUGCAGAAAAAUAAUGAGAAGUCAGAGAGAGAGAGGCUGGUCUUGAUUGAUUGAUUGAUUGAUUGAUUGAUUGAUUGAUUGAUUGAUUGAUUGAUUGAUUGAUUUCUUUCUUUCUUUCUUUCUUUCUUUCUUUCUUUCUUUCUUUCUUUCUUUCUUUCUUUCUUUCUUUCUUUCUUUCUUUCUUUCUUUCUUUCUUUCUUUCUUUCUUAUUCUUCCCUUUCAGUAUAACAUCUAUAAAAAAACAUACCAAUAUGAAGACAUUCUGUCUCUGCUAACACCUACAAUCAUACUCGCUCCCUCAUGAAUUCAUUAUAUUUUUGAUACGGCUGAAGUUAUUUUUAAGAUAUAUGCACUGCCAGGAUCCCCUGCAGCCAAGGGGAACGUUCAGAUGAAAAUGAGAACAUUUGAAUUCACGCCAUCACUGAACUGUAGUUCUGACUUGUGAUGUGUUGAAUGCUGUAGCUAUAAAUCAUUCCAAGCACAUUAUUACCAGGGGAUGUUGUGUAUGUUAGGAAUAAAUAUAUGUGAAACAUCCCCCUCUAGGGUUUAAAAAGUGCUAUUACAUGUAUAAAUUAAUUUCUUUCUUUAUUAAUUGUAUUUUUUCGUAAUGUUUUUGGGCACUUUUUUAGUACCGUAAAUCAUGUACAACCAUGUCUGAAAGUUUGACUGAGAUGCAACAUCAAUAAUAAUCUAGUCCAGAUACAAGUCUAGUGGAAAUAUCAUGUGCAUAGAAAAGGUGUGUCUUUAGAUUUUAAGUGGAUUUAAGUGGAUACGUUUAUUAUUUAUUAUAUUAUAUUUAUUAUAUUAUUAUUAUUAUUAUUAUUAUUAUUUAAGAUGUAGGCUCACUGUGAGUCUUGACCCUGUUUGAUAUUUGAGCUCUGGAGAGUUACUGAAUGAAAACGUGCUAUUUAGUCAUGUGAUUAUUAACUUUUAGACAUAUUUGACUAUUGAUAAAAUAGCUUACUUUCUAUACAAAUGUUACUUUUUCUAUACAACUGUUGUUGUGCUAUGAGCUGUGCUAAAUACUGAAUGUAAAUAACCAUCCUAUGCUGUUGUUGAGUUUGGAUGUGUUUUCUCUAGUCUACUCCUCUUUAUAUCAUCCUCUGUACUGUUAUUUAUUGUUAUUCUAAGUGGUUUUCUGGCUCAGAGCUGGUUCAUUUGCAGGUACUUGGCUUCAGUUUAAGAACAGCAAAUUGGAACCUCCAAAAAACUUCAUUUAUUGGUGGAGAUGAUGUAUGUUCUAUUUACACAUUAAAUAAAUAAAAAAAAAUAUAUAAUAAUAAAAUAUGUCCUUUGAAUAAAACACAAGCCUGGAAGUCCAGAUUAUUAUUUGUUAUUCUAAUUUCAUUAACACAACUUAAUAAAAGGUUAUUAAAUCUUUUUAAUUUAUUUUCCAAUUGUUUCAUUUUUUACUCCGCAUUUAUUCCUGUCCUUGAAAUGUAGCUUCAUUUUUUUGUUCUCUGGCCUUUAAUUUGACCUGAGACGGAGUUAUCUCACUGGUUGGAGUGAACAGACUGUCUUUGGAUUUUGACUUUACUCAUAUGUACCUGACCUCCUACUUUGUUGUUUUCGGUUGAGCAGAGUGUUUGUCACCUUGUCAACUUUACAUUGAUAAACUGUCAGCAAGCAAACAUGUUUUACAACCUGGGAAAAAUGAAUUUUUGGCACUCCUCGAAAAACAAAAAAUGACUUAAAGAAGCCAUUUAUCAUCAGCAUUAUUUGUCACUUUACUUUUCAGCUCUGAGGUGUUGCAGGUUUGUGUAGCAUAUUGUGCAUUGAGGUGAGACAGGCACUGCAACAUGCUGCUAAACACGUCUCUGGCUUCAGCGUCAGACCAACAUCCACCUGUUUGCUGACGCUUUUCUACUGACCUGAACUUAAUCUUUGUUCCUGAUCUAAUGAUUGGUGUAAACACUGGUCUCAGAGCUGCUAUACUGUACGUACGGACACUGCAAGCUUGGAUUUUUUCCUUUACUGAUUUUAUUUUUAAUAAAAAAAUUAAUUUGAACACACAUUUUUGACAUUGUACAUGGGUUUAAAACAGUUUCAGUGUAGACUGGCAUUAUAUCACUGUCCUGAUUUAUAACUGGAAAAGCAUUUGUUGGGUUUUCUUCAUUGGAUUCAAACCUUCCUUUGUUAAGUGCCUCAACGUUUGUUGGCGCUGUAUACAUAUAAUUUAUUUGGACUGAAUGACACAUUGGCUUCAGUGUCAGUUUGCCCACUGGGAUUUAUGUAUUUAAUAGGGAAAACUUACAACAAUGUUAUAAAACAAUGAUUAUAAAACUUUGUUUAAAGUAAUAUACAACUCUAUGUUUUCUUUAUCAAACUUUGCAGUGAUGUAAAACCUUGUUUAUUCUUAAUUUCCAUAUAUGUUGAAAUAAAUAGACUGAUUCAAAAUGUU